AUGGUUUUAUCUGCAUUCAUAAGGGAUGCCACCGUCGGUGUUCAUCGUCAGCUGGUGCCAAUGGCAGUCAGAAUUGGCAUGGUCGGAUGUAAAAUGAGCAUGGUCGACAGGAAGAGAAUACUCUCUGCAACGAAGGCGAUUGGUGUCUCCAGACCGGUUUCGACCCCGAGGACAAGAAUAGCAUGGUACAGCUAUGAAUGCACCCUGGAAUCUGUAUGGCUGCUGGCAGUCGAGAAGGAAGAUCAGACUGAGAGUGGCGGUCUCGAAAGCACUGACAGGAGUUUCCAGGGUGCAUAUAACUUGAAAGAAGGAUACAUUGGUCGUGGGACGACAGAGAGAGCGGCCUAUCGUUUUGGCAAGUUACAGAAAAUCAUAGACCUUACCCUUCACGAUGCUAUCAGUGAGGAUAAGAUAUCCAGACAGCUGCGUAAACUAUGGUCUGGCACUGGCGAAAUCCCUCGGAAGGCUGCCACCAUGCUACCACCAACUUCAUGUAUCGCCACAAAUGCGAAACGUAAGAGGGAGAGGCUACAUGGUGAAUUGCUCACGUCUUCUCAGGGAAUUAUCUCUCUCUCUUAG